CCCGGAGCCCCGCCGCCUCCUCCAGCCCGAGCUGCCCGCCCUGCGGCGACUGCGCGGGCCGCAGCCCAGCAAGCCGAAAAAAGGGCUCAUAGCCAACAUCUAAAGCACACUGAACACCAGGAGCGGCUGCAUGGACCUGGACACGUGUCUGCCUGACCUGCCCCUGGGCUCUUGGUAGGACGCCCUGCAGCAAUGCAGACAGGGGCCUGCAGGGAGAGGCCACAUCCCCAGGAGCCAGGCUAUCAGAAAGGUGGGGCAAGAGGCCAGCUGUGCUCGCUUUGCAGUGCGGUCCCGUCCAAGCACGGCCCCUCAUUUCUGGAACCCGGCUGUAAACAGCAGGAGGGAGGGGCGGCGGCGCCUGCCAAGGGAGGCAGAGGCCCUGCGGGGAACUUACCAGAGGAAAACAAGUGCUCGCAUCCUGGGGCCCUCACACGCACGCGCAGGAGGCCAGGCGUGCUGCUGAUAAGAGCCUGCAGGUUUGCAGAGAAGUGCAGCACGCAGGUCCUCACCAGAGUUCUGGUGGCCACCUCUGUCCCGCUAUGCUGCUCACUGACAGUGUCCAGGGCCCACAGCACCAAGAGGCUCGGGCCACAAAGUAAAGGGUUGCGAGCCUCGCCGACUGACAUGUGGGGCUGCGGCUGGUUCAACGGCACAGGGCUGGUGGAGGAGCUGCCUGCCUGCCAGGACCUGCAGCUGGGGCUGUCACUGCUGUCGCUGCUGGGCCUGGUGGUGGGCGUGCCAGUGGGCCUGUGCUACAACGCUCUGCUGGUGCUGGCCAACCUACACAGCAAGGCCAGCAUGACCAUGCCAGAUGUGUACUUUGUCAACAUGGCAGUGGCGGGCCUGGUGCUCAGCGCCCUGGCCCCUGUGCACCUGCUCGGGCCCCCGAGCUCCCAGUGGGCAUUGUGGAGCGCGGGUGGCGAGGUCCACGUGGCACUGCAGAUCCCCUUCAACGUGUCCUCACUGGUGGCCAUGUACUCCACCGCCCUGCUGAGCCUCGACCACUACAUCGAGCGUGCACUGCCGCGGACCUACAUGGCCAGCGUGUACAACACGCGGCACGUGUGCGGCUUCGUGUGGGGCGGUGCACUGCUGACCAGCUUUUCCUCGCUGCUCUUCUACAUCUGCAGUCACGUGUCCACCCGCGCGCUGGAGUGUGCCAAGAUGCAGAACGCAGAAGCCGCCGACGCCACGCUGGUGUUCAUCGGUUAUGUGGUGCCUGCACUGGCUGCCCUCUACGCGCUGGUGCUACUCUCCCGCGUCCGCAGGGAGGACACACCCCUGGACCGGGACACGGGCCGACUGGAGCCCUCGGCACACAGGCUGCUGGUGGCCACCGUGUGCACGCAGUUUGGGCUCUGGACGCCACACUAUCUGGUCCUGCUGGGGCACACGGUCCUCGUCUCGCGAGGGCAGCCCGUGGACGCACACUACCUGGGGCUGCUGCACUUUGUGAAGGACUUGUCUAAACUCCUAGCCUUCUCCAGCAGCUUCGUGACACCGCUUCUCUACCGCUACAUGAACCAGAGUUUCCCCGGCAAGCUCCGGCGGCUGAUGAAGAAGCUGCCCUGUGGGGACCGGCACUGCUCCCCAGACCACAUGGGGGUGCAGCAGGUGCUGGCCUAGGCGGCCCAGCCUUCCCAGAGAGAACGUGACUGUGGUGGACGCAGAGCAGUUAGUUACCCUGAAUGCCUCCGCGUCCUUCCAGAAGGAGAUGAGCUGCUGGAAGAGAAGUAGGAGGGGUGUUUUUCUUGAAGUUUUCUUUUUCCCACAAAUGCCACUCUUGGGCCAAGGCCAUGGUCCCAGUGGCUGGCAUCUGGCGUGAGCUUCCCCGAGGCCUGUGCGUCUCCUGAACACACAGCUCAAGGUCCACAUCCGCAAAAGCCUCCUUGCCUUCAGCUUUCUCAGCAUUCAGUUUGUCAAUGAAGUGAUGGACGCCUAGAGCCAGUGUAUAUACUUUGUGGUUAAAAUACUUGAUUCCCCCUUGUUUGUUUUAUAAAAACAGAUGUUUUCUAGAAAAAUGACAAGUAUUAAAAUGAAGGAAACCCUAUGAAGGAAUGGCAACAGCCGGGGUGGCUGGGCCCUGGCAGAGGGCGGCGGCUGCUGGCCGGGCCUGCUGGGUGUGCCGCGGUCACCAUAGGGUUCUGAGAACAUUUCACAGAAGUGCCUGAGACACGGAGACAGGGCUGGUGUUAAAUGGAGUUACUUAGUAGCAGUGACGCGCUCUCAGUCACCAAAUGUCCCUGACACCCUCCCCAGCCCCCAGAGAUAACAUCAGCUGAGGCUUUUUUCAGUAUGAACCUGUUCUAAAUCAACUCCUCAAAGUGUGCACAAAACUAAAGAAUAUAAAUAAACAAAAGAAAGG